GUGACACGUUCACUAAAAAAAAACCCUUUUGUAGCAAAGCAUUUAUUAAGAAAAAUAGAGAAGCUUAAUACAAAGGCGGAAAAAGAAAUCAUAAUAACUUGGUCCCGGGCAUCCACCAUUAUACCCACAAUGAUUGGCCAUACGAUCGCUAUUCAUAAUGGAAGGGAACACUUACCCGUUUAUAUAAUAGAUCUUAUGGUAGGACAUAAAUUAGGAGAAUUUUCACCUACUAUAAAUUUUCGAGGACAUGCCAAAAAUGAUAAUAGAUCUCGUCGUUAA